AUGACAUCUACGAAGGUCUACACGGCAGAUGAGGUGGCCAAACACACCACUGUGGCGGAUGGCUGGAUUAUCAUUGACGGCGACGUACUGAAUGUGUCUUCAUUCCUCGAUGAUCACCCCGGCGGCCGUGAUGUCCUCACCGCACUACUCGGCACAGACGCAUCGCAGGCAUUUGCAGAUGUAAAUCACAGCAAGUCAGCCCGUCGACUUUUCUCGUCGCUGCAAGUUGGAAAAAUCGCAGGAUCCCGCCAGAUGCGUCUUGCCGAUGUGAAGGCCAAACAAGCCACCGCCACUGACAAGAACAGCUGUUGGGUUGUUAUUGCAAAUAAAGUCUACGAUCUCUCACCGUUUCUCGACAUGCAUCCAGGAGGUCGUGAUGUACUGCUCUGCAAUGCAGGCACAGACGCCUCACAGGCAUUUGCAGAUGUUAAUCACAGCAAAAGCGCACAUCGCAUGAUGGAGAAAUACUAUGUGGCCGAUCUGCACCCUGAAGAUCGCGUGGUCGUGAGAAAUGCACAAUCUAAAAGUAACGAUAAGAGUUUAAAUGAGAAAGAGUCGAAGCAUGAUAACCCACAAGACGCAGUUAAUCAAUUCAUCAUGGCACAAAUGAAAAUGGGAGCCAUUGUACUGGGAAUGGUCGCUUUAAUGAUAUAUGCGUUGAUGCAACUCUGA